UUUUGGAAAGGACGACCCGAGAGUGUUGGCGCGAAGCUGCCAGAGGAGAAGGAGAAGGAGGAGGAGGGAGUUGAGGGCUGGGGUAGUGGUUAACGAAUAACAGCGACGGGAGACGGGCGGGGACAGCGGAUGGCUAAGGCGCAAGAGUAGCGGGAGAAGAAGAAGCCCAGUGACUGCGGGGUAAACAGACGGCGGCGGCGCGGGCCUGAGGUUUCGUUGGACCAGUUAUUUUGAGUUCCAAAAUGGCAAUGCAGACACGAGUUGAGGAAAAUGCUGCAGCUGAGGAGGAAAAUUUUGGGCCACAAGCUAUAUCGCGUUUGGAGCAAUGUGGGAUCAGUGCUAAUGAUGUGAAGAAGCUCGAAGAGGCUGGUUUCCAUACUGUGGAGGCAGUGGCUUAUGCUCCAAAGAAGGAACUGCUAAAUAUCAAGGGUAUCAGUGAAGCGAAAGCAGAGAAGAUUCUGGCUGAGGCAGCAAAGCUUGUACCAAUGGGAUUUACUACUGCUACAGAGUUUCAUCAGAGGCGCUCAGAAAUCAUCCAGAUCACUACAGGGUCUAAGGAACUUGAUAAACUUCUGCAAGGUGGGAUAGAGACUGGUUCAAUCACUGAGAUGUUUGGUGAGUUUCGUACUGGAAAGACCCAGCUCUGUCAUACAUUGGCAGUGACAUGUCAGUUACCCAUUGACCGUGGUGGUGGAGAGGGAAAAGCUAUGUACAUUGAUACCGAAGGUACAUUCCGUCCAGAACGCCUCCUUGCUGUUGCUGAAAGAUAUAACCUUUCAGGAAGUGAUGUACUUGACAAUGUUGCAUAUGCUCGUGCUUUCAACACUGAUCAUCAGACCCAGCUGUUGUAUCAAGCAUCUGCCAUGAUGACAGAAUCCAGAUAUGCCUUGUUAAUUGUGGACAGUGCAACAGCCUUGUAUAGGACAGACUACUCUGGUAGGGGUGAGCUAUCUGCUAGGCAGAUGCAUCUUGCACGGUUUCUACGAAUGUUGUUGCGACUAGCAGAUGAGUUUGGGGUAGCUGUUGUAAUAACUAACCAGGUAGUGGCCCAGGUUGAUGGGGCAGCCAUGUUUGCUGCGGAUCCGAAAAAACCAAUAGGUGGAAACAUUAUUGCCCAUGCUUCGACGACGAGAUUGUACUUGAGGAAAGGGCGAGGUGAAACUCGAAUCUGUAAAAUUUACGACUCCCCAUGUCUACCUGAAGCAGAGGCUAUGUUUGCUAUCAAUCCUGAUGGAGUUGGUGAUGCCAAAGACUAAAUGUUAAUGACCUGUUCUGUUCUUGUGCUGGAAGUUAUAGACAGCAAAGAAAAGCCCCAGGAAUAUCAGUAAUGCUACUUUGUGACUUCACACUACAUAUUGAGAGUUCUUGGAAAAUUUGACUAGUUUCCACUUUGGAAAGCCACAUUGGACUGCUAAUGUUCCAAGCAGAUCCAAAGUUAAAAUGGAUCCAGGCGGUAUAUAAUUUAUUUCAAAUCCAUACUUAUUAAGUUUGGAUGAGGUGAAAGUUAGCAGAGAAGACUGCAUUGGACAAACUUAUUGAGUUCGCUUUAAAUCAUUUUCUGAUUGACCAACUGUAAUUUAAGUAGCUUGAACCUCUGGCCUGAUGAAUCACCACUGUGCAAGUUAUGAGUAAUAAAAUGGAGUACCCAUUGAACACAAUGAGUGAUAACUGGCACUGAAUGCAAGGCUACUUGUGAGUUAUUGAGCAUUAUAGAAGGAAGAAGAAUGAACCAUGGAAGCUUCCUAUUAAAAUGUCUUCCCUUAUCCUAAUAGUGGAUCAAUGAAUACAACAAUUUUGCAAAAAUAUGCACUGAUACAAAGUCAAUUUCCCUUUUUGUGAUUAUACAAGACCGUACAUUAAAGUGCAUAAUUCUGUUCAGGUAAUAGUGCAUAUAAUUCUGUUAGUAGUUUUUUUUGGGGUUUUUUUUGGGUGCUCUCUUAACAGGUGUCAUUUACCUUUUCUAAACAAAGCUAAAAGAAUGCUUAAUAAUGCAAGGCUUGAAAUACAUGCAAAUAAACUAUUUUGGCAAUUUAAGUGUAUAAAUCGUACUUGGUAUUGUUACCUUCCUAUAACAAAAGAAGCAUAUGAACAGAGUAAAGAAAUUUUUAAAAUCAGCAUUCCAUUUCUCACAUCAGUCAAACUGUGCUGUCUUAAAUUAAUAUAAUUUUAGUUAAUUUUGUGCCUUGUAUAUAUUUCAGUAAAGAACUAGUAGGACCUAUAGGUAAGAGACAUUACUUAAACAUUUUGUUUGGACUUAAAGGCAUUUGCAAGUAUUGUUUAAUCUAAAACAUUGGUAUGUUGCAGUAUAGAGUUGGUUAUUUGAAUUUUGAUGCAGAGGCCUAGUCAGUGGACAGUUAAUAGUGCAGCUAUACUUGUAUAGUAUUUGCAGCUCAAAUAGCAGACUUGGUACUGCUAGUCCAGCACCAUUUAAACAUCACACUACUAUACUGUCUUCAACUUUAGCAUUUAUUUAUCCUUCAUGGUUAUGAAGCUUUCUCUUGAAUACAUUUAACCUGGCCUUUAUUCUGGGGUCUGAGAUUGGGUGGAUUGGUUGUGAAAUUAGGAAUGUUCCCUAGAAUCAUAAAAGUCUUAGUGAAUUGAAAAUCACAAAAGUAAUGCUUUGAAUCAAGAAGUGAAGAAAACCAAGUACUGGAGGACCGCCCCUGUCUGCAAAUGGAGUAGCAGUAAUUUUGUGCUGCUCUUAGUUUUUUUUCUCGCCCCCUAGUUUAAACUUUGAAUUUAAAAUUUUUAUUUGCUGAUUCUUGAGGGGGAACAGUAUGUCUAUGUCUACGAGAGGUGGGAAGAAUUUACCUGAACCUAGUGAUAAAGGUAAUGGGAAAGGAAAGGUGCAAAGGAAAGAUCUGAUGAAAUGCCAUCAUGGGCUGAAGAUAUCGUUCGGACACUGAAUUCAAUUAAGGAUCAGAAUGGAUCAAUUAAAGACCAACUGGAAAAGAAUAGUAAUGAAAUGAAGUCAUUUCUGGGAAAACUUAAAGACCUAGAAACUCAAGUUAUUACACAUGAAGAGGAAUUGAAGAUAACUAAGCAAAAGUUGUCUGGAGCUACAACUCAUUUGGAAAGAUAUCAAAACAAGAUUAUAGACCUGGAAACUCGGUCUCGCCGAAAGAAUAUACAAAUUGUUGGGCUGCAAGGAGCUGAAAAUGGAGAUUUAACUGCUUACUUUGGUAAGCUUUUCCACACUUUAUUUCCUACCAUUCUAUCAAAGCCGCCUGCUAUAGAAAGGGCACACAGGGCGUUUAUCUCAAAAUCGAAGGACUCCAGUAAACCAAGAUCUGUUAUGGUUUGCUUUCAUCACUUAAAAAUUAAAGAUCAAAUAAUGCGACAGGCAAGAAAACAGAGUUUUUAGAUUUAUGGAAUCUUAGCUCUGCUUUUACGAAGAUUAUCCAAGAGAGAUAAUGGAACAAAGAUCAAAAUUUGCCCUGGUAAUGAAACAAGCAUAUGAUUAAAAAAAACUCUUUCCCUCUUUGAGGUAUCCGACAAGAAUUAAAGUUUUUCCUGCUAAUUCUCCUUGUACUUUUAUCGAUCCAAAAGCUGCACUGGACUUUGUUCAGGCUAUUCCUGCCGCUGCUGAAUGAACUAUCUGAAAGGCUGUUUGGCUAUCUGUAUAUUAUUCGCAUUUUGGAAAGAAGAUUUAUUAAGGUCAUUUGUGUAUUUCAUUGAGAGACUAAUUAAAGAAGACAAGGAGAGUUGUUCGUUUAUUGCAUAUUGUUGGUUUUCCUUUGGAAAGAAGAUUUAUGGCUCAAGUAUGACUGUCUAAAUGAUCAUCUGAACAUUUGACUGAGAGAAGAUAAAGGGAUUUGUUCCUUUAAUUUAAUACUAGGUUUGUUUCUUUUUUUAAUCAGCUAACUGGUAGUUUUUCCUACUAAUAGGGCUAUAUAUAUAUAUAUUUGGGAGGGUUUAAUUACUUAUUAAUCAGUCUUUUUGAAAAUUCAGGUGGGUCAAAUAUACUAUUAAUUUUUUUUCUGUUUUAUUAUAACAUUUUAUAAUUGAAUUUAAAGCUUUUUUAGGGAAUUAAUAUUAAGCCUAAAGAUGGCACUGAUUUUUCUCUCUAAGAGAUAACAUUAUUUUGGUUCUUUCUUUAUUAGUUGAUGGAAUGUAAAUACCUUUUUUUGCUGAGACUUGUUUUUUUUUACAAGGUCACUCUACUUUUUUACUAACUGGGGGGAGGGAAAGAAAACACACAGAGCGGUCAAUAGCUUUGAACUCCAUCGUAGGUUGCUUGCCUUUUUCGGGCUUCUGGGUGUUGGUGGGUGGGUUUAGAGUUAGGAGUUUUUUCCCAUUGGGUGGUUCCGGAGCAUGCGUGUUUUUUUGUGGUUGUAUUCUUCAUCACCGCCAUUUUUGAUCACCCGUAUUGAUAUGUGCUCUGCGCAUGUAUAAAGUAGAAUAAAAUUAUAGUAUGGUAUUUAAACGGAUUAAUAUAAUAAGAUGGAAUGUACGUGGUUGGAAUCGUCCUAUUAAACGAAAAAAGGCUUUUAAAAAUUAUUAACCAACUCCAACCUGAUAUAAUUUUUGCUCAAGAGACACAUAUCAGGGCGGGAAAUCAAAACAGAUUUUUUUGAUGGUGGAAUGGUUUGCAAUUCCACUCUACUUCUCAGAGUAAAACAAAAGGUGUGUCUAUUUUCAUUAAACCUAACUAAUUUAUUCAAGAGGAUAUUGAAUCAGAUUCUAAAGGUAGAUUUUUAGUUGUUAAAGGAACGAUCUGUAACAGAAAAGUUGUUUUGGUUAAUUUGUAUGGUCCUAACUUAGAUGAUCCUUUUUUAAAAAGGUAUUUGCUUUUCUGCCUGAUUUAAAUGAAUAU